AACAAGGAACAGAGGAAAAGGGAAGGAGGGGUAACUAUCACGUAUACAGAUGAAGUCUGCAGUGUUACGAGUUUUGGUGAAAGAUGUGGAGCUAUUUCAAGCCUUUGUUGUUUUUUCUAACGAUUCCCCUCACCUCUAGUGCAACAGGUACAGUGAGAAGAGUCUCAGUGCCUGAGGAGCAUCGCCUGUACCUGGCCUGCAGUGGCACUGUUGACUUACAGUGGCGACACCAGGUCAACAGGAUCAUAGUCACCAAACAAGGCCAGUCGGUUACUUACACGAACCAACAGAAAUAUGACCUCCAGCCUGAUGGAUCUCUGGUUAUUAAAGAGCUGGAGCCAUCCGACUCUGGGGACUACCACUGCAACGACCUGCUAGUGGCAGACGUGGAGGUACUGAAAGGCAAAAACUUUGCGGUUUCUGCUGGACGAACCCUAUUGCUUCCCUGUAUAGUAUCUAGCAAAGGCAAGCGGAGGUGGUUCUUCAGGAAAGAUAGUCAUGCGAAACGAGAACCCAUCUUGACUCUGUUCAAGAAUGGGACCAUGAAAAAGGAGCGAAAGGAACCCCAGAAAAGGUUUUCCUGUGAUGAAGAUGGUUCCCUGCAGAUUCUCAAUCUGCAACCAGAGGACUCUGGAGAGUACCUGUGUAAUGGAGAAAAGGCAGCCAAAGUAACGGUGUUGACAGAUCAUUUCAACAUCCAGAGUACCACUGCUCUUAUGCAAACAGAUGUUGUUGGGAGAGAGAACAGGGAGACACGCCCUAUAAAAGUUGUGACGAUAAUAGCUGUCAUUGGACUAUGCCUCAUGGUGCUUCUGGCUGGUCUGCUGUGCAAUUUGCUGAAAGGAAGACUGAGAGAAAGAAGAAAGAAAUGCAGUACAGUGACAGGACACAAGCAGGAAGGAACUGAACUCCAGACUAGGUGCUUGUCAAAUCUAGGGUCUGAUAUCACACAAAGUGAUGGAGAAGAAAGCUCUUCUCAUGUGGAAGACACUGAGGUUCAGUAUGCAUCUCUGGGUCGGGAGAACUGGAGGGAAAGAUUGAAGGUACAGGGAGACCAGCAUCACGUCAUCUAUUCCACUGUGGUCACUGCUAGACCAGCAUUCCAGGGUUUGGAGAGAAUAACACAUUGAUUUGACUGAUUGACUCCUUCACAAAACACUUUGUUUUUUACCUCUUUGUAUUACAGUACGAGUACAUUUUGCAAAGGUUGCUCUUUAAUCCUAUAAUAAAUGUAUUUGAGUCUUUCAAGAUA